CUGGUGUAGGGGUGUGGUAUAAAACAAAUGAUUAGGCCUAUAGCUUUCUUGCCACAUUAGUUUAUUAAUAAUCCGUGAUCAGCAACGGUCAAGAAAGGUUGUAAAAGCAACAGAUGCCAUCGUCAACAUAAACAUGGUCCUCCUUGUCUGUGGGCCAACCCAGCGUGACCGGCAGUAUUCAUACCGUACGGCAGAGGGAGAGAUGUGCGGGUGAACGGUCGACGUCACAGCCACAGGCAGCAGAAGGAUGGGCGAGAGUUGUGUGUACCUUGCCGCUGCUUCAUGGCAAUAGAGAGAUGGCGUCCGCAUCCCGAUGAAUAAGCAAAAAAAGAAGAGGAAAAGGGAUGAUGCUGGACCCUACUACGCCUAAAGGGGAAACCGUUCAAUUCAGCACAUCAGCUAUGGAGGGAUUCAUCUCUCUUUCACAAUCAUUUCGUUCCAGGGAUGUUAACGCCCUUUUCGUGCGUUUUUAAACUCUUCGGUUGAUUCCUUCCAACGAAGGAGGUGAGGAGAUUGCUAUCUGGUAGGCUACAUCUGUUUUCUUCCUCCGCUUCUCUGCCCAUCUGACGCAGGGGCGAGGAGGAGAGGAGAGAAGGGGAAGAGAGGAGAGGGAGGGAGGGCGAUGGCUGCUGGAGGAGGAUGCGGGGACACGGUGGAGCAGUGCCGGGCAGAGGUGGAGCGUUUGACCCGUGAGCUAGCGGAGGCGAACCGGGAGAAGAUCCGGGCUGCGGAGUGCGGUCUGGUGGUUCUGGAGGAGAACCAGACCCUGAAGCAGCAAUAUUCGGAUCUAGAGGCCGAGCAAGAGGCGCUCCGACAGGAGCUGGAACAGCUACAAGAGGCGUUUGGCCAGACCUUCUCCACCCAGCGCAAGGUGGCUGCGGACGGGGAGACCAACGAAGAGACCCUCCUACAGGAGUCAGCCACUAAGGAGGCGUAUUACAUGAGUCGCCUGCUGGGGAUCCAGUCAGAGCUCAAACAGAGCCGGGCCGUCACAGUCAACACACAGGCCGACAACGAACACCUCAGUACCCUGCUGCAGGAGCUCAGAGAGAGUAAUGAGAUGUUGGAGCUGCAGCGGAGCCGGAUGAGAGAGGAGAUCAGGGAAUAUAAGUUCAGAGAGGCGCGACUCCUACAGGACUACACUGAGCUGGAGGAGGAGAACAUCACCCUGCAGAAACUAGUGUCCACUCUCAAACAGAAUCAGGUGGAGUACGAGGGGUUAAAGCAUGAGAUCAAGGUUCUGGAGGAGGAGACUGAGCUGCUGAACAGUCAGUUAGAAGACGCCUUACGUCUCAAAGACAUCUCCGAGGCCCAGCUAGAGGAGGCCCUGGACUCCCUGAAGAGCGAGCGGGAGCAGAAGAAGCACCUCCGCAAGGAGCUGGUCCACCACCUCAGCCUGUGUGACGUCCAAUACACGGGCAGCGCCCACCUCACUUUCACCUCAGCGCCACCUAGUGGCACGGCUACGCCUGUCUCCGCCCUGUCGCCCAGCUCAGAGGAGCCGGGCAGGUGUAACGGGCAUCUACAUGGAGGGUCAGGAACUGGGACGGGGACAGGGUCACUGCCCAGGGCCAAUGGAGAGUGUCGGGGAGCGGGGAGGAAAGGAGAGGGGAUGGUGUCAGAUCUGUUCAGUGAGAUGAACCUGACAGAGAUACAGAAGCUCAAGCAGCAGCUGCUACAGGUGGAGCGAGAGAAAACAGCGCUGUUGAUCAGCCUGCAAGAGUGUCAGACGCAGCUGCAGCAUACACAGGGUGCCCUGAACGAGCAGCACGAAAGGGCCCAACGCCUCAGCGAGAGAGUCACCGCCCUCAGGCGCCUGCACCAGGAGGCCCAGCUCGCCCAGGAGACACACCUCAACCGAGAGGCCCUGAUGGAGCAAGGAGAAGAGGAAGAGGAGGAGAAAGAGAAGGGAUUAAUACACAGCAGGGGCCAGGCAUUCUGCCACCAGACCCCGGGUCUGGAGAUCCUCCAGUGUAAAUACAGGGUGGCUGUAACCGAGGUGGUCGAGCUAAAGGCUGAGCUGAAGUCUCUGAGAGAGAGGUACAACCAGUCUGUGGAGGGCGGGGUGGAGGAGAGGACCCGCGGAGAGGCCCAGCACAGAUCACUGGAGCAGCAGGUGGGGAGGCUGGAGAGGAGCUGCCGGGAAGGUAGGGACAAGGUAGGGGGCCUGGAGACGGAGCUGAGAACAGCAAAGAACAUGGCCAGCGAAAGCCAGGGGGCGCUCAAUGCAGCACAGGACGAACUGGUCACCUUCAGCGAGGAGCUGGCUCAACUUUACCACCACGUCUGCCUCUGUAACAACGAGACGCCCAACCGGGUGAUGCUAGACUACUACAGACACGGCAGAGGACUAAGGGGUAUCAGUGCCUCGCUCAAGGGUGACGACACCCGCGUUCUACUCACGCCCCGCCUCGCCCGGCGGCUCGCAGCCGUUGCCGCAGCAACCUCAUCGUCCACGGCGGAGUCUCGUAGCCCCUCGGAAUCUCCAUCCAAAGAGCGGUUGUCAGGAGAGGGAGGCCGGGACGGGGGGAGGGACAGGGACAGUCCUGUACCCCGCACCCCUCCUACAGGCUCCCCCAGCAUCAGUGCCUCUUCCUCAUCUUCAUCAUCAUCAUCGCCUGCGGUAGAGCCAGCUGGAGACCUGCGUAGGGAACCCAUGAACAUCUAUAACCUCAACGCCAUCAUCAGAGAACAGGUGAGGCACCUCCAGAGGGCAGUGGACCGGUCACUCCAGCUGUCCAGACAGAGGGCUGCAGCCAGGGAACUGGCCCCACUGUUUGACAAGGACAAAGAGGCCUGUAUGGAGGAGAUACUGAAGCUCAAGUCCCUGCUCAGCACCAAGAGAGAACAGAUAGCUACCCUCAGACUGGUGCUCAAAGCGAACAAACAGACUGCAGAGAAUGCCCUGGCCAACCUGAAGAGUAAGUAUGAGAAUGAGAAGCACAUGGUGACAGACACCAUGAUGAAGCUGAGGAACGAACUGAAGGCCCUGAAGGAGGAUGCUGCCACCUUCUCAUCGCUCAGAGCCAUGUUCGCAACCAGGUGUGACGAGUAUGUGACUCAGCUGGAUGAGAUGCAGAGGCAGCUGGCUGCGGCGGAGGACGAGAAGAAGACGCUCAACUCCCUCCUGCGGAUGGCCAUCCAGCAGAAACUUGCCCUGACCCAGCGUCUGGAGGACCUAGCCUUCGACCAGGAGCAGUCGCACUGCACCCACAGCGGCAAGGUGGCCCGCAUGAAGAGAAGCACCCCCAAAGUAAGUCCUGGUCCUCCCUCCAGCCCCACCACCGGCACUGGCGCCCCCUUAAGCCUGACCUCUGCUAUUACAGAUGCCACAGCCCUAGCUCUGAGCUCCCCUACGACACAUCAUAGACACCCCCUCAGCCCUUCCUCCACGGCCCCCUCAGGCCCCACAGUACCAGGCAGUCCCCCCUCCCUGGAGGCACCCUCCUCCUCCUGGACCCCCCCAUCCACCCCCCACAGGCUGGCUCACUCCCAGUGGGCACUGGGUGUCCGGACGUUAGAGGUCGACUCCCACAGUUUCAGUCUCGACUCCCAUAGUUUUAGUUUAGAACGUAGCAGUACUGGGCUCUCCAGGCAUUACUCCUCAGACACACGGCCGUCUCCUGGCAGGGGUGCUCAGCCUGGCUCGGCCCCCUCCUCCCCCUACCGUUCUCCCAUACUGGGGUCUCGCCGGUUGACAUGGAGCUCCCCUCGAACUCGCCCCCUUACCAACCUGACGCGUACCUCAGCCCUUUAUACCCCCUCUUCUUACACCCCUACUAGUUCCUAUACCCCUUCUAGUUCCUACACCCCUUCCUCCCCUUAUACCCCCUCCAGUUCCUAUACCCCUUCAUCUGCUCAUUACUCUCCUUCAUCAUAUAUCCCAUCCUCUUCAUACACCCCCCACACUUCAUAUAGCCACACCAGCAGCUACAGUCCACUCUACCCUAGGUACUACGGUUCCCAUCGGCCCCCUCACUGACACUAAACUACAGUUCCCAUAAACCUCCUCACUGACAACACUACAAAUCCAAUGAGUCUCCUCUCUAAACAGAACUACAGAUUCCAUUGGCCCCUUCCCAGACACUAAACUACAAUUCCCAUCAACCUCCUCACUGACAAUACUACAAAUCCCAUCCGCCUCUUUAAUGAUGCUAAACUACAUUUCCCAUCAGCCCCUGGGGGAGUGGGUGGGGCUCACAGAGAGGAGGACAGACUGGUUUUCUGUUUCUUGUGCCUAAGCCUCUGGUGUCGAUGCAGCAUCUGGAUGAGGCUCUGUAUCGGCGUGAAUGUUCAGACUGACUUUCCUCAGGGAUUUAACACAACAUGGAGCACAAGUGGCCCUGCCUUCCUCUUAUUCACAGACUGUUGAUCGGUCUAAACUACAGGAGAGACAGAACACUUUUCAGACUAUACAUCAGUAGUUUUGGUCUUGCCCUUUAAAUCAAAUCACCAUCCACACAAGCAAGUGAAUAUGAGUGCAGGACCUUACCGCUGUUUGGAAAGACAGAUGAGAAGGACAUUUAAAGGAAUUUGUUCAAAUGUUGGACUGAGGUCUCCACAGAUCAACCACUUGACAGUGUUAUUCUCUCUCUGUUUUUAAUGAAAAUCACACAGAUACUGUAACCAAAUGUCAUUCAAAGCAAGUACUGGAUAAGACAGGUCAAUGAUUAUGGAUUGUUUGCUAUUUUUAAUUGUUCAGUUAUUACUCACAGCUUUGUAACACUGUCCUCACAAUGUUAUUGCAAUCAUCCUCACAUCUGCUCUGUAAACCUGGCACAUAUUUAGAGUCUAGCACCACCCAAUGGCAGUUUGUAAUAUCACUAUAUAUAUAUUCAGGACUUAGACUGAAGACUUCCGUCAAGGUUCAAUAUCAUAUUAAACCUGUAACAUAAAUGACCUGGAAUCAGCACACCAUGAUGAGCGAGAUGGGUGAUUCUGGGUAUCAUAUCAGUAGGCGAGACAGACAGUGAGCCGUGGCUACGUAGCACCCCUAGUGCCUCGGAGGGUAACUCCAGAGGAACACAUAGAUGGAUGAAUGUAAUUAAUAGAUAAACUCAGGAAGCUGACACACACACACACUUUUCAACUGGGGUUCGACAAGGACGUAUUGUUAACCAGAAUUAUCAUUACACUGUUAUAGAAAUAUAGACACAUUUGAAUGACAUUUAGGCCAUGGGUUAGUUAGUGUAGAGCUACUGUAUGAUGCAUAGAUGGGAUUCCACAGUUUCUGCACACAUGAUAGUGUGUCACCUGUGGAUGUGUGUGCCUUAACAACUACAGCACCUGAUCAGUGCAACGGCAAUGACUGAUCAGACAUCAUUUCUAUCAGCUCACCGCUUUUCUUUAACAACCCUUCUUUUCAUGCCAACAACAACAGUUUUCACAUGUUUUUUUUGGCCCUAUCCAAUAGGUUAGAAUGGACAAUAACAAAGCCUUGCCAAAUUAUCAGCAUAAGUGUCUGUAAGCAGUGCUCUUGAUGAGGGAUACACUGCUACUGGGUGUUGGCCAGUGAGUAGGCUUUGCCAACUUUGGCCCAAUCCAUGCACAGUUUGGUUUUGACGGGAAGAACUAAGGGGACGUGGCUGACGUGCAAACCGAUAUUUCAUUUUUAAAUUGGUUAAAACUAGGUUAAGGUUAUGAGUUUGGUUAAGGUUAAGGUAAGGGUCAGUUAUAUAUUUUGGCUAGUUGUGCUGUCAAUGGGAUGCUGGUCAGAAAAGUCUCCUUCGUCUCUCCCUGUUUUGACUCCCCUCUCUAGUAUUGGCCCAGUCCGGUCUCCCCCUCCCCCACCAGUCCCAAGUUUGGAACCCAGAGUACCACAACAACUCUGUGUCUAUACUCUAACAAUCCCAGUCUCCAUUGGUUCAAGUGAUCUACAUGUUGUUAUAACAGGCAAUAUGGAGCAACAAAAAAAAAAACGCAUUUGACAGGACUCCUCUUAGCUACUUUGUUGACAACGUUUGGUGAACAUUUAAAUUUUUUCCAUAACAGAAAUACUGACUAUUCUUGCACUCAUUUGUUGGGCUGAUUGAGCUGGUUGAAUGUUUUUUUUCUUCCAAUAGUCAUCUAAUGGUGACUGUACAGAAACACAAUGAACCCUGUAGAGUUGGCGUGGGAACCACCUCAGUGACCUUCACGUUUCUAUACAUGGAGUUAGUAUUACUCUGUUUCAUUCAUCACUCUUCAUCACGUUAGCAAUUACUUGACAUGAGUCUGUCCUUCACUCCAGUUUCUACAUCUGCACCAUCUACCUGGCUUGGCACAACACUGUACACCUGUUUCUUUGAGCAGAACACCUUUGUAGUUGUAGUAUAGUGUGUGUUAUAAUAUAGAACACCUCCAUCAUAGGGUAAAUCAGCUGGAUAUAGAUCUUUUCUGCAACAAGGAAAUGAAAAGUGAAGGAUUGUCAAAGAUCAAAUAGAUGCCAGGGGUCGCUGUCUUAGCUUCUCAAGAAAGGAAACCAGUGUGACCUCCUCUCUGUGAAACCCUCCUCGUUCCGCCCGACUCGCACUCUCCAAUACACACACACACACACACACACACACCAAACUCAUUCCAAUUUUCGGUCCGCUACAUCAAAGUUCCAUCCGUACAUGCAAGAGGCUCUUAAUCCUGUCAAAUGCGUUGUUCCCCUUUCAGAUGUAUUUGUUUCCCACCAGAUCUAUUGGCCUGUGAUUUCUCCCUCUAUGUGAAUACAGUGAAUGCCAUUUUCCUCCUCUGCUCUGUUUCAGGAGUCUUUCAUAAUGUGAAACAUUGCCAAUCCCUGUGCUAACGCCAUAUCCAUUUUCAGGCAGACUGUUAAUAGUUACCACUCAUUGUCAGCCAGUUAGCUUUUGAGCACUAUGCAUGUGUAUAUAACACAGAGUAUUGGAAAGCUGUAUCCUGUGUACAGUGCUAUGUUCAUACUCUUCGUAUAUAAUGUAAAUAUCAUGUAUAAAUCACCUGUA